CCACAAGGUGUACGUCUGUUAUGAGCACAUAUCCCAGGGUUCCCUCUAUUUGAUUGUCUGUCUGCCUGCUAUUCUGUCUGAUAGUCUGACUGCAGUGAUUAUUUGCCCAUAAACGUCCACUCACAAAGGCCUUGGCCAUGACUCCCCUCCCUGUCCCCUUCUUCCUGACACUGCUACAGCUUGCAGUUCUUACCUAUGUCAGUUCUGGGGCGUACUAUGGACACAAGCAACAUCCUCAGCCAUACCAGCCGAUGCAGCACAUCCAACACAUGGGCAAAGAAAGCUUUCCCCAACAACAGUACCUUGGCAAAGAGGCGCCCUAUAUGCAGUACCCCCACUACAGAAAGGACCUACCCCAGAUGCCCAUGCAUAAGGGCAAAGAAAUUGCUCGUAAAGGGGGUGGCUAUGACGGUGGCCAGGACAAAGGUCAGACUAUCCCUAGUGGUGCUGAGGGAAUUCCUCAAGGAGAGCAAGGCCCAGCUGGGUCACCUGGACCAGAGGGACCUGCAGGACCUCCUGGACCUCCAGGUAAUGGACAGCCUGGACCUGUGGGACGACCCGGACCUCCAGGUCCACCAGGAGGGCCUGGAGUGGGAAAACCAGGUUUACCAGGACUGCCAGGCAAGCCAGGAGGAAAUGGUGAGAAUGGACCACAAGGAGAAAUGGGCCUUAGGGGUGAAGAAGGGCCAGCUGGGCAGCCAGGGCCUCAGGGUCCCCCAGGACCACCUGGGCUACCAGGAAUAGGUAAACCAGGGGUGCAGGGAUUUCCAGGCCAACCAGGGCCCAAAGGCGAGCCAGGUCACAAAGGUCUGCCGGGACUACCAGGAUUACCAGGACCCAAAGGAGACAAAGGGAUGGGCCAGCCAGGACAACCUGGUCACAAAGGGCUCCCAGGGACCCCAGGACCUGCUGGCCCCAGAGGGCUGCCUGGUUUUGGAAAACCUGGCUUGAAUGGGGCACCAGGGCCACAAGGACCACCAGGAGAGAAAGGACAUCCUGGAGAACUAGGACCAGCUGGGCCACCGGGUGAAGGAGGACAGCCUGGCCCACCAGGUUUACCUGGUCAAGGAAAGCCAGGUCAAAAUGGCCUGCCAGGGCAACCAGGCAUGCCAGGUGGGAAAGGUCAUCCAGGACCACCAGGUUUGCCAGGAAAGCCAGGACUUCCAGGAUUUGGUAAGCCAGGACUUCCAGGACCAAAGGGUGAUGAUGGUGUGGGUGGGUCACCUGGACUUCCAGGACCAAAAGGAGAUAAGGGCCAUGGAGGACUACCUGGUAUGCUUGGUCCCCCUGGGCCAAAUGGUCCACCAGGUCCUCCAGGUCCUAUGGGAACCCCAGGAGGUUUAGGUGCACCUGGUCCUAAAGGAGACUGUGGAGAAGGAGGACCUAAAGGGCUUGACGGAGCCCAGGGUAGCCCUGGUCCCUCUGGGAUACCUGGUAAGAAUGGUGUGCCUGGAGAGAAUGGAGAGCCAGGACCGAGAGGUCCACCAGGACCAAGUGGUGCCAAAGGAGAUGGUGGGCAUAAAGGUCUACCUGGUAUACCUGGUAAUCCGGGGCUUCCUGGGCCAAAAGGACAACUUGGAUUACCUGGUGAAGUGGGACCUCAAGGACCUAAAGGAAUCCCUGGAAUGGAUGGGAAAGCAGGAUCAAUUGGACCUCCUGGUCUUCCGGGGCCAAAAGGAGAUAGCGGACUACCUGGUCAACCAGGCAUUGCAGGUGAGGGAAAUCCAGGUCUUCCUGGUCCCAUAGGACCCCCAGGGAAAGAGGGCCCAUCAGGACCCCCUGGUCAACCAGGGCAGCCUGGCCUUCCUGGACCACCAGGUCCACCUGGUGUGUCUCCUGACAUGGCUGCUGUGCUCUCUGUGAUGGGCCCUGGACUAGAUGGUGUUAAGGCUGGUAGUUAUGGUAAGAAGGGCAAGUAUGGAGGCAAUGGGGCUGAAGUAAUGGGUGCCAGUGGGUUGGAAAUGCCAGCAUUUACAGCCAUAGUCACAUCUCCCUUUCCCCCUGUGGGCACCCCAGUUGUUUUUGACAAGCUCUUGUACAAUGGUCGCCAAAACUACAACCCCGAGACAGGUAUCUUCACCUGUGACACGCCUGGCAUUUAUUACUUUGCCUACCACGUUCAUUGCAAAGGAGCUAAUGUGUGGGUGGCUUUGAUGAGGAACAAUGAGCCAGUAAUGUACACAUAUGAUGAAUACAAAAAGGGUUUCUUAGAUCAAGCAUCAGGGAGUGCGGUACUACCUCUACAACCUGGGGACACUGUGCACAUUCAGUUGCCCUCAGAUCAGGCCGCAGGACUUUAUGCUGGACAGUAUGUGCACUCCUCCUUUUCUGGUUAUUUGUUAUAUCCGAUGUAAAGCCACACACUGCAGGAAGCGAGAAGCUUCAGUGAAAAGUAAGUGGGAGCAUUUUUUGUAUAAAAAACAUGUUCAUAAACCACCUUAGACUUAGCAUUUUUUUCAUUGUAAAGUCAACAAAAGUCUUGAUCUUGUCAGCAGAGAUGAAAGGAAAAAUUGGAAGUGUGACGGUCUGUAUGUACAGCAGCUUUUAAACUACAUAGCCUUAUAAUUGGGAAAGCAAAUGUGUUUUCUUUUACAGCUUAGAAAAUAUAAAGUAAUGUGUAAAAAGGCAUUCAAAGAAGAACUCAGAUGGCUGCAGAUGUAUUUUCAUACAGAAGAGUGCCAAAAACCUAUAAGAGUGCAAUUUGUACAAACAUAUGAAGGGAACACAGGAAGUGUCAGCAAAAAAAGAUAAAACAAACCAUACAAUUUUGGUAACACAAAGCCACAUAUUGUUCCUGCACCUCUUUAAAACUGGCAGCUACCCCAUGAGGUGAAGAAUGUGAAAUACAGUAGAAAUCAUGACGGAUACAUUAAUUUGGGUAGUCAAUUUAUUUUUUGCAUGCAUACCUUUGUAUAAAUACAGUUUCAUCUCUCCAUUGAUAACAGCAACCAUGUAAUAUGACAUCCUGAGAUUGACAACAGCAUUGAAAUGUUUUUGUUACUUUCUCAAGGUCCCAAGGGGAUUUAAAAAAUAAUUAAAUUAGCAAAAUACAAUGUGGGAGCAACCUAAAAAACUUUCACUUCAGGUGUGUGAAGGCCUUACAAAUACAAGGAACAACUGCUGAUGGUUUUGAACUAUUAAUUGCAAAUAAUAUGCUCACUUAUAGGUGCAGAAAAAUCUGAUGGUCAAAAUGAAUAAUCACAUGCAUGAUAUAUGUUGCUGACGGGCAAUUGCUCACAUGAGUGAGAUUAAAAAAGGAAGAAUAUAACGUUAAUUUUAUGUUUUAAUGUUUUCUUAUAGGUUUAUGGGAUUCAGAAUUUUCUUUUUUACAAAAAUGCAAAGGUCAAAAAACACUAUUUUGCCCUGAACUAUAAAAACCACUCCAUACACUAUAUUAGACAUGACACCACAU